GAUGAUCUGAAGACGAUGACUGAUCGCCUUUGGCAUUCAGGACGAACGUCAACAAGCCGUGGCAGGCGUCGCGUCACCCCCCCCCCCGCCCGGGACCCUCGGUUCGAGCGGUCGGACCUGUUCGGGAGAGAGGCGGAGGCGGGGGCGGAGGGGCGCGGGCCGCAAGUCCUCGCAGGCCGGGCAGGUAGCCUUUCCCUUCCGCUGCAAAAAACCACACCCCGCAGCCGCGAGGUCACGCCCGUAGACGCGCACCACAAAAGACUUCCUGGUUUGAGCGAGCGCCUUCGGAAGCCACAGCAGCAAAAGCGUCGUCAGUACCCGCGAGCAGACAACAUGGCAUCAGGCGUGACCGUGGAGGACGAGGUUCUCUGCACGUACGACGAGCUCAAGUUCAAGAAGAAGCUGAAGGUGGUUUUCUUCCGCGUCAGCGACGACCGCAAGAGGAUCAUGGUGGAGAAGGAAAAACAGAUCAUGGCUGACGACUGCGACCCGUACGCCACCUUCAUCAGCAUGCUACCAGUCAAAGACUGCCGAUACGCAGUCUUCGACGUGGCCUACAAGACCAAAGAGUCCAGCGACAAGGCGUGCCUGGUCUUCGUUUCCUGGGCUCCCGAGGACGCUCCCAUCAAAUGCAAGAUGGUCCACGCCAGCUCCAAGGCCGCCCUCAAGAAAGAUUUGCAAAUUACUCCCGAGUGGCAGCUGACUGACCUGGAGGAGGCCAAAGACAUCCGAGGACUGGCCGAGAAGCUGAGCGGCACGGUGAUCGAGGUGGAGGGGCGGACGCUGUGCGGCGGGUCGUCCUCGCGUCAGACGGCGGCGCGGCAAUAGAAGCCCGCGGCUUCGCGUCCCGCCUGGUUUCUGCCUCCCCGCCCGCUUUACAGAUCCCGCCUCUUUGUCUCCAAUAAAACUUGGCAAGUUAAAACGA